CACCAAAAUCGCUGUCACCACCGAAGAACUCGAUCUCAGCCGCCAUCCUUAAUCGCUUCAUCCCCAGGGGAAUCGUGCCAUCGCCGGCUCGAUUUACGUGGUGUUCUUAAACGCCGUCGUUCACCUCAACGUCGCCGGCGCCAUCUGGCAAGGCGGAUCCAACUCCCCGAUCCCGAUGGCAAAGCGGAUCCAACUCCCAGAUCUCCGCCGCCGACAUACUCUCUGCCGUGCUCCCUUCCGACAGUGGUGGGCAAAAUGCUGAGGACGAACAAAGACGGUUUACCAUACGGCGCGUACGUGCUACAACACCACCAGGACAAGCUCAUGAGAGCAUGGCCUCUGGUCCACAAGGCGAUUCGAUCCGUUCACCAAAGCCAACAGCGGUGUCACGGUGUACAGAGGAACCAUGGGGUCCUGUUUUUUAAAUUGUAUGGAGUAACAUAUAUUUAUAUUGCGUAAUUAUUCACAGACUAUAAAAAAAUAACCUAAAAAUUCUACUAUUUAAGAUAAAACUUACUAUGAGCUCACACCUACAUUUUCUGCCCAAAUGCCUGAACUCUGGUCAAUUUCUACUCAAUUGAGUAUGUGGCCAUGUUAAUAUAUUCAUUGACCUCUGAUUUCUGCGCUCUCAAUUUUAUGUUGUUUAUACAUUCAUAUCGUUUGUUCACGAGGUUGACCGUCAUUUCUUCAGGACUUUGUUGGCCAAUGAUUUGUGGUAAGCAGUGAUAUUUAUUAAUGUCUGGGGUUGAGCUCAUUGGAGUGCAAGGCUGAUGUUUAUAUGGUCCAAUGUUCACGUAUCAUCUCACCCAGAAGUACUUCAGACCAUUCCUUGCUACAGGAUAAGAUGCUACGGAAGUUGGACUGGACCCAAAUGGAAAAGGUCUUCAUGACUAUCCACGCUAGAAACCGGCAUUGGGUUUAAGCAGAACUUGAUUUCCCCAAUGCGACUGUUUCGGUAUAUGAUUCGUUGAAGGGUGCACAGAGCAAAUCCUAUGUGCGUCGACUGCCUCCCCUUUUUUCGAACCGUCAAAACCACCGAGGAACAGAGAAGUACUCAACCAUGGAGACUAGAGCUCGCCAAGGAUGUGCCCCAGCAGUCCGAUGGAAUUGCAUGUGGUGUUAGGAUCCUUGCCUUUGCGGAGUACCUCUUGGCUGGUUUGCCCCUGUGUCCUGACUACACGCACGAACAUGUAGACGACUUCCGUAGGCAAUAUGCAGCACGUAUAUUUUGGAAGACAGUUGCCUAAAGUUUGUGCAAUGUAUAUUUUUUGAUUAAUGCACAACUAUGACUGCUUAUACCUCCAUGCUAAUAUAUGAAAGACAAACAU